UCUACAGACGGUAGCCGGCCAUAUAGCCACAGCGUUUGAGUUUUGUUGUGUUUUGUACUUGAAAUGUUAUUUUAAGUUCUAGGUUAGGUUAUAAUGGUGACUGGAUAGAGAGUUUGUUAUUGUUUAUUUACAAGCUAAUGUAUUAAAGGAACUGAAGUACAAUGACAUCAGAAGAGAAGAUCGGUAGUCUUGCAGAGGAAGCAAUCAAGAGGAAAGAGAGAUUAAAAAAUUUGAAGCGAAAAAUCGAGGAACAAGGCAAGGAAGAUAGCAAAACAACCGGUGAAGCAGGAGUGUUACCAAAACCUAAGUUUAGAAGUUAUGUUCCGGAGGAUGAGGUACUUAAAGAGAAUGUCGUUCCAGCAGCAAGACCAGGAGAUGUGGAAGGAGAGGUGAAGGACCAGUUAGAAGCAGCAAACUCAAGAGUUGUCAUUGAAGACUUGGAUCUUUCGAACUUGGCUCCUAGAAAGCCAGACUGGGACUUAAAAAGAGAUGUGGCUAAGAAGUUGGAACGCCUGGAAAAGCGAACCCAGCGAGCUAUAGCAGAAUUGAUACGAGAACGACUCAAGUCAGAUCAAGCAGAUUUGGCUACCAGUGUAAAUAUCGGAGCGAGAGUCAUGCAAGAUGAUAGAGAUGAAGACUAAAGAUUGAGUCAAUCUAUUGUACAUGUGUAAAUAUAACAUUUGUGUCAUUAAAUAUUUUGUACAAUUUUCA